UCCCUCAAUCCAUUUUUUCCUAGAUCUAAUAAAGGCUCCUUCUGCUUUUAAUUUAUAUAUAUUAUCCAGUUUAUUUUGUAACUCAAUGAGUUCCAUCUUCUCCUCCCCCGAAAGGCUGGCUGGGGACCUAUGAGAAAGGGAAGUUAUCUUAAUGAUCACCUUUUCCUCCUCAGCUCUUCUGGUCUUAGCAAGAUUACUACCAUAUUUAAGGUAUUUGGACACCUCAAAUUUAAAGAGCUCCCAGUUCUUGCAACAAGAUUUUUCUUCACAAGCCCUUUCCCAAAAGUGUGAGAGCAGAUUUUUAACCUCAAAUUGAACUAUAUCAUUAUUUAAUAAUGAAAUAUUUAGCUUCCAGUAGGAUGCUCUACCAAGGUUCAUAUCAGGGGUAAAUAUUUUGAUAUCAAUGUAAAUGGCCCUAUGGUCUGUGUGGGGAGUAGUACAAAUAUUUGUAGUAACACACUCACUAUCAACACAUUUGGAUACAAGCCAAACAUCUAUUCUGGAUUGUCUUGAACCUGUUUUGUUACUCCAAGUGAAUGAUCUGUCGGCCGGAAACCUCUCGCUCCAUAUAUCAGUAAGAUCAAACUUUUCCAUAAAAAGUAUUAAACCCAAAUUCUGAUUGGUUGGUCUACCUGGGGGGUCAUCUAUCAGUUUAAUUAUCUAUAGUCAUGUUAAAGUCCCCUCCUAUCAAUAAUCACGAAUUGGGAAAUUUAGAUAACCAAUGAAGUAUAUGUUUCUCUAUAGAUUCAAGUAACUCCUCAUUCUCAUGUUUGGUGUUGUACCCGUAGAAUUUUACAGUAAUGAGCGUAAUGUCAUUGUAACUGAUCACAAGACAAAUAAAAAGUGACCAAAGGGGUCACAUUCCGAGUGUAGAAUAUUACCACCAAAGGUAUUUUCCAUUGUAGUGACACCAAACCAAGGGUUCUUGUAGUAAGAGAGACCAAAAACCCUCUUUAGUGUAAUCAGGAACUAUUCUGAGAAAUAAAGUACAAAUUAACAAUUUAAAUAAAAGGGUACCUACUUUUAAGUGCAUAUGAAAACUGAACAUGAAAAAAAUGAAUAAAAAAUGUUUUACAUAUACAUGUUCCUAAGACCUUUUUUUUUGGAAAUGAGUAUUAAUAACUAAAUAGAACAAUAACCGUAUAAAGUCAGAGCAGACCUGUAUGCCCUUUAAAACAGUAUCUUAGUUAUUGCAUACAUAAAAAAUAAAUACAGCUUUCAAUCUUCUUCGUAAGUUUGUAAGGAAAAUAGGACUUCCGGUCAUACAAGAACAAACUAAUAAAUUGAAGUACCUGAGUAUUCCUGAAAAAUAGUCACCUGAUGCUUGUUAGGUAAACAACAUAAGAAAAGUGAGAAUACCAUGGCUGAAAUCUCUGUAUGGCUUCACACCGUUCUCUUCUGACGCUUGCUGCCUCUUGCCGAUGACGUUUUAUUUAGGGGACGAUAGCUAGCUAGAAUCGAUAGCUAGCUAGAUAGAACGCUUCAAAAAAUUAUAUAUUAAUGUUUUACUUUGGUUUAAAGUCCCAAUCCCGCGUAGACUUCAAGUAUUUUUUCGAUAAUUUGCAGUGAAAUGUUGGUGACGUUAACUAGUUGAAUGAAUCUUUUAAUUUUACAGCGAUAGCUUGUAGGAAAUGAUUAGCUAGCUAGAGCCUGUUUUGUUGCGAGCUAUAAUAAUGGGGACAACAACAGGAAAAGGGGAUACCUAGUCAGUUGCAAAACUGAAUGUAUUCACCAGUCUAACGCAUAAUAUGGUAGUAAUGUUACUAGCUUAGCUAGCUAUGUUGACAUUGGUUUUUGGGUUGCCAAGAUAUCUGUAGUUUUAGGGUGAAGAGCUAAUAUGAUUGUUCUUAGUAAAAUUCAUAUUACUCAGUGUGUAUCUCUAGUUGACGCUCCAAGUGAGAGAGGCUUAGAGAUGUGGUCAUAUCAAUUAUCAGAGAGGAAGAACUUAAGCAAUAACUUAUACUAGAGAAUCUUUGGCAAUACCCAGGUUUGGUGACUUUUGAAUAGACUAGCUACAUAUCAUCUCAUAGAGCCUGAAACCUGAAGUUGGUGUCUAAAGUCACAGAGACAGCCAGGUAGAGCUGUGCCAAGAUGGAUGUCCAGGUGUCCAUCAGCUUCCUGAGGGACAGACUGGGUGGGGCCAUUGAGGAGGCAGUGCGUACAGCAGUGGAGUCUGUGCUGUGUGAGACUGUGCGUCUGUUAACCGGGCUCCAAGGGGACCAGCAGCAGGGACUCUCCUCAUUGACCCAGAGGGACCAGGACACCCUGGGACUGAAGCAGAGGUUAGAGGCCCCCAGUGGGGGUGACUGGAGGGUGCAGGCUGGGUCUUCAGAGGCAUUCUGUAACACAGGACCGAGGGGGGGUGGUGGGCGUGGCAACAUUAAGAAUCCAAUGGGUCAAACCACUUGCUCAACCUCCCAAGCAUCACAAAGGACCACCGUGGAGCCCCAUCCCCAGGAGGUGGUGGAGGACUGUGCUGGACUGCCUGACCCAUUUGACCUUGUGUCGGCUGGGCCAGUGAUGGUGGACUUUGAAGAGGGUCAAGGCAUGGGGAUCCCAGAGGAGUGGGAGCUGAUGAACAGAGUGUACAAGACGGAGCACAAUGAAGACAUGGCCCUUAUUGACGGAGGCGGGGCCACUCACUACCAUACAAACGCUCCACACCGCGUGGCCGCGACCACCCUAACCUUGUGGUCCCAGCGCGUACGACCCACGUGGAGUUCCAGGUCUCCGGUAGCCUCUGGAACUGCCGUUCUGCGGCCAACAAGGCAGAGUUCAUCUCAGCCUAUGCCUCCCUCCAGUCCCUUGACUUCUUGGCACUGACGGAAACAUGGAUCACCACAGAUAACACUGCUACUCCUACCACUCUCUCCUCGUCCGCCCACGUGUUCUCGCACACCCCGAGAGCUUCUGGUCAGCGGGGUGGUGGCACCGGGAUCCUCAUCUCUCCCAAGUGGUCUUUUCUCUUUCUCCCCUUACCCAUCUGUCUAUUGCCUCCUUUGAAUUCCAUGCUGUCACAGUUACCAGCCCUUUCAAGCUUAACAUCCUUAUCAUUUAUCGCCCUCCAGGUUCCCUCGGAGAGUUCAUCAAUGAGCUUGAUGCCUUGAUAAGCUCCUUUCCUGAGGACGGCUCACCUCUCACAGUUCUGGGCGACUUUAACCUCCCCACGUCUACCUUUGACUCAUUCCUCUCUGCCUCCUUCUUUCCACUCCUCUCCUCUUUUGACCUCACCCUCUCACCUUCCCCCUACUCACAAG